AUGGGGAGAUCAAGCGGUGAUUUAAAGGCAAAUAGAAUUCAAAUUGAAGAAAAAGAGAAUAAUGGAGAAGAAACCGUAGACACUGAAAUUGAAGUACCUGAUGGCGGCUAUGGAUGGGUGGUAUUACUGGCCGUUUUUUUAUAUAACUUUUGCACUUGGGGUGCUAAUGCUGGAUAUGCUGUUUAUUUAGCACAUUAUCUGGAACAAAAUACGUUUCCAGGUGGUAAUAAAUUAGAUUUUGCCGCCAUUGGGGGAUUAUCUUACGGUGCAGGCUUACUAUUUUCUCCCCUAAUCACCGUUUUAUCCCAUAAAACUAGCGUGCAUUUUACCAUUGCAAUAGGUAUCGUAUUUCAGGGUGCAGGUCUCCUUUUGGCGGCAUUCUCCAAGAAGUUGCGGCAAAUUUAUUUAACACAGGGCCUUCUCAUAUCGCUGGGACUCGCAUUUAUUCUGAUACCAAGCAUUUCUUUACUCCCUCAAUGGUUUAGAACUAAGAGAUCACUAGCAAUGGGAAUAGCCACUGGCGGUAGUGGCCUGGGUGGUAUAAUGUAUAAUUUGGCGAUGCAAAGAAUAAUAGAAAAGAAGAGUGUCAAAUGGGCCCUAAUUGUGCAGUUUAUACUGGGUACUACCCUCAGUUUCAUAGCACUGCUAUUGACAAGAACAAGGAGAGAAAUUGUUUUAAAAAAUUCGAAGGUCGAAGUACAGCUAUUGGAUAAACAGUUACUUAUUAACCUUUGUCCAUGGUUAAUAUAUGGAUGGGUAUCAAUGACUGUGUUAGGGUACAUCAUUCUGCUGUACUCGUUAUCUGCGUUCACCACAAGCUUGGGAUACUCUUCGGAACAAGGCUCAUACGUGUCCUGCAUGGUUUCUGUUGGAAACGUUGUCGGGAGACCCAUAAUUGGUCACAUUGCCGAUAGAUACGGUCCCAUAUCUAUCGGCGUACUUGUACAUCUCCUAGUGGCGAUAUUUGCCUGGGCCAUGUGGAUACCGUGCAGAAACUUAGCCACCGCAAUUACCUUUGCACUAAUCGAAGGUGCUCUGAUGGGGACGUUGUGGCCGAUCUUGGGCUCCGUCCUUGCGAGAGCCGUUGGCUUACGGAAGCUGGAUGCAGCUUUCAGCACAAUGUGGCUCUUUUUGGCGAUAUCUUCCAUUCCAGCACCUGUUAUAGGUCUGCAAUUGAGGUCUAACGACCCGUCAGAUCCCAAUACCUACAUCAAUACUGCUUUGCUCGCAGGAUUCGGAUACUUUUGCGCCGCGAUAUUCCUUUGGUUACUAAGAGGCUACAUCAUCGCAAGAGAUAACUCCAUCAGUGAUAGCAAGGCAGUGGAUAAAGAUGAAUUGCAUAUAAAAGUAUCGCCACUCGCUCUACUUGGGGGGCUAAUGACUGUAAAAUCGACAUCCCAAAGGGUCGUUUAA